GUCAAAUUAUAAAUCAAGCUGAAGCAGUAUACACCAUAUUUUUCAACUGGUAAACAAUGGAUGCACACACAUUACAGAACAUACUUCGCAACAAGUAUAACAUCAAUGAAAAGCUUCAGGCCGAGGUCAUAUUUGUGGCCCUUCAAGGCGGCACCAUGAAAGCGAAUGGUCUGUUCAGUAUCGGGAUUGGUGAGAGGUUCGUAGUCGUCGCCGGCAUUAACCCUCGCGGACCAGAUAUCGACUACAAUCCGGUGUCUCUCUCUUCAGUAGGUCUGCUCGGUGUCACGUACGAAAAUGCCAGCACGAUUGUAACAAUCUCCAGUCCGCUCAAAGGCAAGAAUUCAUUUCAGUUAUGCAGCAGUAGCAAGGCCGCCGCUAUAUGGAAUGAUUUUACCACCGCCAUUGAUUACCAGGCGUCUAAAUUAAGCGGCGACAGUUGGUGCAGCGCGUCACUUAGUGCUUCAUCAUCAUUAUCAGACGCCUCUGUGGAUGUAGAACAAAUGUAUACAUAUCAGAGGAACUUCAUAGGCCGGACCCUUCUCAAUAACAGAUGUCUGUCGCCGCAAAGGUUUCCCACGGCAGAUAGAAGUUUCAGCUCUAUUUCUUUGCCCGAUAUGAUAUAUGGACCAACCGAUGCCAACUCGGCGUGCCGUCAGCAUGUUAAGAGAGGUCACAGUUUGAACUGUGUCGACGUGUCAUUAUACAGCUUCAUCAAUGAUAAUGAUACAAACCGAAAUGCAGCAAUGCAUCAGGUAGAAUUUACUGCGCCCGAUACAGUUAUUGGGCAACAUUGCGGGCAACUAACCGACGAGCGACGGACAGAUAAGUCAAGCAAGCAGACCAGUUUACUUGAGAGGUUUCUGCUUCUGCGCUUGUUUACCUGCUGUAUAAGCAAGCGUUGAUUUUUUAGCAUUAACCUAUGAUCUUUUACACGAGAAAUCACAUUUUCAUAUUGUUGUUUAUGCCAAUAAAUUAAUUGCACGAACAAA